UCAGACGACACGCAUCAGCAGUAGUGCUACGGUCGCUGCAGCAGCGUCCCUGACGCGCUGCCCACCUUCCACUCACAGCAGGGGAGAAUUACGAAAUUCUUGGUUUGAGACCCAACCGCCAGCCCACGGUCCUCGGAGAAAGAUACUUUUGUUUACCAUCCCAUGGCUUCAUCCGUGAGUGGAACGGAGGAGGUGCGCGUGUCGGCGUUGACACCGCUGAAGUUGGUGGGCUUGGUGUGCGUCUUCCUUGCGCUCUGCCUGGAUGUCGGGGCAGUGUUGAGCCCGGCGUGGGUAACGGCGUAUAACCAGUAUUACCUGUCUCUGUGGGAGUCCUGCUGGAAGCCUGUCAACUCGGACACAUGGCAGUGCAACACAACGCUCGAGACUGACUGGCAGAUUGCCACGUUGGCCCUGUUGCUGGGUGGUGCUGCCCUCAUCCUGUUCUCCUUCCUGGUGGCCCUGGUGUCAGUGUGUGUCGGCUCCAGGAGCCGCUGCUACAGACCUGUCGCUGUCUUGCUGUCCGCUGCAGUGGUGCUUCAGGUCUGCAGUCUGGUCCUCUACACCAUUAAGUUCAUUGAGACGGUUAGCUUGAGGAUAAACCACGAGUUUAACUGGGGCUAUGGCCUGGCCUGGGGGGCCACCAUCUUCUCCUUCGGAGGGGCCAUUCUCUAUUGCCUCAACCCCAAGAACUAUGAAGACUACUACUAAACCCUGCAAGAGGAGAAGAGAGCCCUCUACACAACUUCAUGCCCCCCCCCCCCCAAACUCACUGUGAUAGCAGGCUAUGCUCUGAACUUAGUCUAUUCAUUUUCUCUACCAGUUAUAUAAAACAUUCACAGAAAAAAUGUUGGAGAAUAAACAACAGUAGUGUCUA